AUGACGGCCCCUAACCUUCUGAUCCUGUACGAUCCUCACGCGGCCGAGUAUGAAGCUAGUGUGCCGUGCCCUUCGCUGGACUAUGUGACCGCUGCGAUCAGCGAGCUGGAGCACGAUGGGUCUGAUUCGCUCGCGGCCGAUAAACAUCCGCCGAUGAAACCGACGGACUUGGCUCACCCUAACCUAAUGGAUUCCCUGCUCCGAGAUGACCCCCUGCCCUUGAAUGACGGUUCCGAGCAACAGUUCCACAGUGAGCUGGUGGCGGCGCAAGUCAGUAAGUCCGCGAGCGACGAAGCGUUCGAUUACAAUCUGAAACCGUCGGAGUACGUCCCUAUCAGCAACGAAAUCAUUCUGGAGGAAACAUCGUCGAGCAUCGACGAGGGAAUUGGUUUGAGCAAUCCCGAAGACUCCGGCGACGACCAGACGGCGGGUGCGGAGAUCCUGAACUCUACCGGGGUGCCACCGGUGGGACGUCAGUCUCCGUCGGUCGCACGAGGGACACGGUUAAAGGAGGAGAAACGGUAUCACUGUGAGAUUUGCAAGGCUCACUUUCCGAUGAAGAAGCACCUGCGGACGCACCAGAGCAAGGAUCAUCCCGGGGAGCACUGCAACAAGUGCGGCAUCUGUCAGAAAACGUUCAAGUUGCGCUCGAACCUGCGCCAGCACCUGCGGAUCCACACCGGCGAGCGGCCGUUUCGGUGCGAGAUCUGCAGCAAGACCUUCGUCCAGGGCAGCGCGCUCACCGUGCACCGGGAGCUCCACAAGGAGCACCGGGACUACGAGUGCACGACGUGCCACAAAGCGUUCAAAUCGAAGUUCGCGUUCAAGAAGCACGAGAAGGUGCACACCGGCGAGCGGCCGUUCGGGUGCGAGGUGUGCGGCAAGUCCUUCACCCAGAGCUGCAACCUGAAGGCCCACCAGAAGCUGCACACGGGGAACCACGCGUACCAGUGUGCGACCUGUGCCAAGACGUUCCGCUUCAAGUCACACUUCCAGGACCACCUGAUGACGCACACCAAAGAGAAGAAGUACUCCUGCGCCGAGUGUGGGCGCACGUUUGCGUACAAAAACUCCUACCAAAGACACUUUCUCAUCCACCGGGACGAGAACCGGCACCAGUGCACGGAGUGCGGCAAGCAAUUCGGCAAGCUGAGUCACCUGACGUUUCACCGCAAGUCGCACGGUUCCGGUGCGGCGGAAGUUACCUUGUCGACUGGCGGUCCCGUCGGUGGUGGGUUCGCCUUCGAUCGGGACCGAAGUUUGCCCGUUCACCGGCGGGUAGCGCCACCGAGCGCGGAUGACCCGGGUCGGUUCAAGUGCGUUAUCUGCAGCAAGUCGUUCCGGGAGGAGAAGGAGCUGCGCACCCAUUUCAAGCUGCACGAGGCCGACGACUGCCCCUUCCAGUGUGGCAUGUGUGGGAUCCUUAAUCUAAAUCACAGCGAGUAGGUUUCCCCAACGUAG